GUGGUAUUUUCUACUCGCAAUACUAGAAAAGAUCUAUAUUUAUCUAUAUCUGUGACAUCGAAUGUCUUUAUGUGUACUAACUGUAUCUAAAGCCAUUACUCUGAUAGCCUUGCUUUAUAAUAUAUUAGUAUGGUGUGUUAUUAUGCUAACUGUGAUUAAAGUUUCUAUUUGCGAAAUUUGCGAAGACGAUGGUUCUUGAUAACAAUUAACUAAUAAGCUAAUUAUUUUAAUUUUUGAAUACCCAUUAUCCGUAAUUUAUAUUUAUUUACACCUGUCAGACGUGCCAUUUAGAGCUUACAAAUUUUCCACUUACUGUUCAGACUUGUAGCGAGAUCGUGAACAUCAUGUCCGAUGACGUAAAUGAAACGACAAACAAAUUUAGAGAUGUUUAUUUGCACAGCAAGUUUGAAGAAGACCUAAACAACGAUUUGAAAACAGCCAUUUCAAAAAGAAAAUGUUUGUAUCAAGCAUAUUCUUUGGCCAACUCUUUAAAAGAAACUGAUUGGAUAUGGAGCCACAUGCGAUCUGAAUUAAAAUCUUACUCAAAUCUUAUUGACAAUAAAAAUGUUGUCAAUAAUUUUAUAUCAGCUAUUGAUACAUUAUCUUUGACUUUAAAAAGAUCUAACCAAGCAAAAAAUUGGAAAAUGAAGACCAAGUUUGAUGUAAUAAAACCUGUUGAUGAUUUUAAGAAAUCAAUUAAAUGUCCAGAUCUCCAUAAUUGUAAGAUUGAACCAAGCAAAGAAUUUUACUUGAAUUUUCCAAAAAAUAACAAUGUUACUCAAAAUACAAAUAUGUCUAAUAAUCAUAUUAUUCAUACAAAUUCAUUUAAAAAUGAAUCAACUACUCAGACAUUUCAGAUUGAUGAUCAUAAAACAUUUAAUAAGACACCUAUUACAAUUCAGCCUAUUAAUAAUAGAAAAAGAAGUAAAUAUGAUGAAGAUUUACCUCCACACAUACACCCAAGCAUAAAAAAUAAAUGUGAAGAACCUUCCUAUAGUAAUCAAUCCCAAUUUAAUGGCUUUCAUACUGCAAAAACCGAAUUGCAUAUUCAAGUUAAAAAACAAAACAAUGUUAAUUCUAAUACUUCAGAAACAUUAAUUAAAAAAUCACUGGGUGUGAAUAAAUCCCGUAGUGUUAUUAGCAAAUUUGUCAAUCCGUCUACUGAUAAUCAAAAUUUUCAGAGAAAAGAUGAAGUAAGAAAUGAAUCAACAAUUAUUGAUGAAAAUCCAUAUUUAAAAAAUAUUGAUCCUAGAAUGGUUGAAAUGAUUAGAAAUGAAAUAAUUGAAUGCAAAAAUCUAAUAACCUGGGAUGAUAUUUCUGGAUUACAAUUUGCUAAAAAUACUAUUCAAGAAUCUGUAAUUUGGCCUCUUUUAAGACCAGAUAUCUUCAAGGGAAUUCGAAGACCCCCUAAAGGCAUAUUACUAUUUGGUCCACCUGGCACUGGAAAAACUUUAAUUGGAAAAUGUAUCGCUUCUCAGUCCAACUCAACAUUUUUCAGUAUAAGUGCAUCAACCAUUACAUCUAAAUGGAUUGGAGAAGGGGAGAAAUCUGUAAGAGCUUUAUUUGCAGUAGCCAGAUGUCAUCAACCUGCAGUUAUUUUUAUUGAUGAAAUUGAUUCAUUAUUAUGUCAGAGAAGCGAACAAGAACAUGAUAGUUCUAGAAAAAUUAAAACUGAGUUUCUUAUUCAACUAGAUGGAGCUGGUACAAGUGAUGAUGAUAGAAUAUUAAUAAUUGGUGCUACAAAUAGACCCCAAGAAUUAGAUGAAGCUGCCAGAAGAAGACUUGUAAAAAAACUUUAUAUUAGAUUGCCCGAUCUACAAGCUAGAAAAGACAUUAUUAAAAAGUUAGUGGAUUCUGAAAACCAUAUUCUAUCUGAUGAUGACUUAGAAAAAAUUGCUUCUCUGAGCAAUGGUUAUUCUGGUGCUGAUAUGAAAAGUCUGUGCCAAGAAGCAUCUCUUGGACCUAUCCGAUCAAUGACGUUUGAUAUGAUUAAUAAAAUUGAAGCCGAUCAAGUACGUCCAAUUAAUUUACAAGAUUUUCUUUCUGCAUUAAAGAUUGUCAUGCCUAGUGUAUCUUCUGAAGAUUUAAACCAUUAUGUGAUAUGGAAUGAAAAAUUUGGGUGUAGUGAUACUGGAUGUCGUGUCUAGGCAGAUAGUUAAAUGUAGCUAAAUUAAUUAAUGUUUAUCAAUAUUUUAAUAAUCAAAAAAUAAUAUUUUUUUUUGCUAUGA